UUUAGCCAAGAAAAUUAUAUUUAUUUUUGUUAAAUACAAAUAGGCCUAUUCUUUUGUUGAUAAUUCGAUCUGUUAGAUAUAAAUAGUUUCAGAAUCUCGAUCGAAUCUGCAGUCUCACUUGAUGGCCUUAAUUUGAAUUCGUUUAUUUUAAAAAUAUUAAUCAUGCUAUCAGUCAGGUGUUUAUCCGUACUGUACAGAAGUAUCCGAAACCUUGCAAGCUCCACUGUAAGACCUCACAACUUUGAUGGAGAAGCUUACAGUAAAACAAACUUAACUUUUAUUUCUGAAGAAGAUUCAACCCAUAAUUAUAUAGAUCAGUUUACACCAUCUGGGUUUCGGCUAACUUCUGGAUUUUUUAUUCUUGGACCAUGUGUGGUAUUCCCUCGUACUAUCCUUCAGUGGAAUGUUCACUCAGCUGAUAAAAUCACCCCAGAAUCUCUCUCACUUUUCACAAUGCUAGAACCAAAACUAGAUGUGCUUUUGAUUGGUAAAGGUGACUGGGAUGCAAAAGUAGACCCUAGUGUCAUUAAAUAUCUGCGACAAAAUAAGAUCAACAUGGAGAUACUGCCCACAGAACAGGCAUGCGCAACUUUUAACUUUUUAAAUGAAGAGAGAAGAGUUGUAGCUGCAGCACUUAUUCCACCCUCCACAAUGACAUUUCCCUAUGAGGAAGAGCAAGUGGAGCAACCUUCAGAGGAUGAAGAAGAUGCUAAAUUUAAGGAAAUAAUGGAAUCCAUGAAUAAGAUUGGCAUAAGAAAGACAAUUGAAAAAUACGAACAGAUAAAAAGGGAGAGUAAACAAAUAGCUGAUAGUAGCAAGAAGAAUGCUGAUGAGUGAUGCAUCUUUUGUGCUGAUUGUAAUUUAUUGUCUAAUACAUUUAUAGUGUAAUUGUGAUGAGCUUUGUACAAAUACAUGUAUAUUUUUAUAAAGCUUUUGUUAAGUGCUUACUUUAAUAAUGCUUGGUGGCUACUGAAUGGACUAAAGUUUUAAAAAAAAAAGCUGAUGAACUGUUUAUUUUACUAUUGAUUUUAUUUUUAAAAGAUUAACAGUAACAACAAAUAACAACAAAUGAGAUUUGGCAAAGCAUGUUCUGGUGCUGACAAUAAAUAUUAAUUUUUAAUGGACAGAA